CGGUAACCGUCAACAAUACAAAAACUUUUUAUUAUGUUAUUCAUUAAUGUUUAACCGAAAUAAUUUAGUUUAUUUAUUGAUACGACAUUUUGAUUCUAAAAAAAUUUGGUCCGAAAGUUGAAUUAAACAGAAUCUGUAUCUAAAACAAUGUCUCAACAGCAAACAAAAAACUGUAUCACAUUGCGAGGCUCAGCGCAGAUACUUUGUGAAUAUUUAAAAUUUGCCAUAAACUCAGUAUUAUUCCAAAGAGGCUUGUAUCCACCUGAAACUUUCAAAGCCGAACAACAGUAUGGAAUAACUCUUCUUCUUUCAGAAGACCCUCUUAUAAAGGAUUUUUUAACAAAUUUGCUGACACAAAGUGAAGAAUGGAUUGUCAACAAGAAAGUAGACAAAUUGUCCUUAAUAAUAUUAAAUGUUGCCACCAAAGAGGUUUUAGAGUGUUGGGAUUUCAAUGUUCAGUAUGAAGAUGGUGAUGUUGCCUUAUCUAAAGAAAAAAACGAGACAGUCGGUAGCAAAGACUUAAAGAAGAUAAAACAAGAAAUUCGCGAUGUUAUGCUGCAAAUUGCCGCAACUAUAUCUUACUUACCAUUCCUUGACUGUAGAUGCUCAUUUGAUGUCUUAGUGCAUGCGAAACCUGACUGUGAUAUUCCUGAGAAGUGGGCGGAAGCCAAGCCAGUGGAAAUCACUAAUGCUCAAAAUGUACAAUUAAAAACAUUCUCUACUAGCUUAAACAAAAUGGAAACUAUUGUUAGUUAUAAGCUUAUUGAUUAAGACCUUUGUUGUUUCUAAUAAAAAGUAGAAACUUUAAUUUGGUUCACUUUGGAUGUUGUUGGAAUCUAAAAUAGUAUUCAUUGAUAAAAACAUUGUUACUUAAUGCUUAUCUUUUUGUACAAUUUAAAAAAGGCAUCUUUAAUGUUGCCUCGUCCUAUUAAAACAUAUUCUGUUUCCGUAGCCUUGUUACACUUAAUUAUAGAUAUUUUUUUAUUAAGAGUUGAGUAAGUGAUAGGACAAAUUACUUGUGUGUUUUUAAUUUUAAUAUCGUACAAUUACAUUACAAGUUUCUGUUGAAACAAGUGUUUAUUAUAGGAAUGUAAUGAAUAGUGUAUGGUGUUCAGUAAUUAUGUAUGAAUAGGGAACAUGAAUUAGAAAACCUGCAGUAUUUUAUAUAAAAAAUGUAGUUGUUAUGUUAUCUACGAUAUUUCCCAAAUUUGACGCUCAAAUGCGUUGUAUCUUGUCUUGUAAAAUAUGGAAUAUGGAUGGAUAAGUAAUUUGGUUAAGCAGGCAUUCAUGAUAUAAGCACAGAUCAAUCUUAUUGAUGGAGGCUGAAUGGUGCCCAGGUAACUUGGCAUUUAAAAGUAGUAGCACAUUAAUUUUCUUGCAGCUAUGAUCUUACAAGGUUAAGUAUAACUUAAUUUAGCUUUGACCUAGGUUCAAUAAAUACAAAUUGUUGCUUUUUUUCAAAUAAUUUUAUGGCCAGGUCAAAUACAAAUCGUUGCGUUUUGAAAUCAACAAUUAAUUAAUAAGUGAUCAUACCAAAUAUUUGCCCUGUAUAGGCAUGCAAUUGUUUGAAUAUAGUCUGUAAUAUAACUUUAUAGUAAUACAUAAAUGCAUGAUCUGAGUGUCUUUUUUUUAAAUUUAACAUUAAAGAAAGCAAAAAUUA